GUUUCAAUUCGGAUGCAGAUGCAAACGGACGCGUGCGCCUGUCUCUCCAAUAAAAGAAACAGUUAGCCAAAAGAUAACACGAAAUUUGAUCGUUUUUAAAAGAGAGAAACUUUCAAAUCCAUUUUUCUUCAAAAAUAGAUUGGAAAAUCAAGAGAAACGCUAGAAACUUGAAAAAUAUGAAGACAGCAAAGUAAUUGAAUUGAAGUAAAGAAAACGCGCGAUGUUAUUUUUUUCAAGUAAUUUUUGUUGUUGUUUUGUUAAGUGGCAAAAAUAUUGAAAAAAGAAGCGAAUUUGGCGAGAGAGAAAGUCAAAGAAAGUUUUGUGUGUGUUGCGGGACGGAAAUGAAGGAUGUCAGUUGUGUGCACAUCGAAGAAAGCAACGGAAAUUAAAAUUUGCAUGUGCAGCAGGACACAGGACACAGGAGGACACCAGAGGACAGUGGGCCGAGGGGCAGCGGCAGUGGCAGAGGCGUGAGGCGUGUGACGUGAGGCCAGAGAAUGUGGCCAAGGGACUGCAGCGGCUGCAGCAGCUGCAGCUGCUGUUGUUCAGCUAGCCAAAGCUCGAUGAAGCUGGCAAACGAAUUCGCCACUCAAAAACUCAGCUCGAUGCCAUUUUUUUGAAUUUGAAUACAAACUUGACUUGGCCCCAAAACUGUAGACCGGCACAUUCGAGUGCAAGCGCGAACGAGAUAGUGAUAGUGUGCGAGUGAGUGAGUGGGAUCUCUUGUGCAUUAGCUGACAACCAGAUAAAACGCUCCACAACAACAUUGACAACAGCUUCAUCAACUGCUGCCCGACUUCUAUUUCGUGUUCUUUUUUUUUUUUUCGGCUCCGUCCCACACCCCGCUUCGCGUCCGCGCCCCGCCGCCCCGGCGCCACGGCCCCAGCAGUCAUGGCACUGCAUGGACAGACGUUCUGCUUCUCCGCAGCUGGAUUUAUCGCUUGCUCAGCAAUCGUUCUGCUUUGCAGUUCCGAGGUCCUGUCCAGCUGGGAGGAAUGGUGGACAUACGACGGCAUCUCGGGUCCCAGCUUCUGGGGUCUCAUCAAUCCGCAGUGGAGCAUGUGCAACAAAGGACAUCGACAGUCGCCCAUUGAUGUGGUGCCCGACAAGCUGCUCUUCGAUCCAUACCUGCGACCGCUGCACAUUGACAAGCACAAGGUUUCCGGCACGCUGCACAACACGGGUCAAUCACUCGUCUUUCGCGUGGACAAGGACACAAAGCAGCACGUGAACAUAUCCGGCGGUCCUUUGGCCUAUCGCUACCAAUUCGAAGAGAUUUACAUACACUACGGCACCGAGAACAGUCGCGGCUCCGAGCACUACAUACAGGGCUACAGUUUUCCGGGCGAGAUACAAAUCUAUGGCUUCAACAAGGAGCUGUACCACAACAUGUCCGAGGCGCAGCAUAAAUCGCAGGGCAUUGUCGGACUCUCGUUGAUGGUGCAAAUUGGCGAAACGCCCAAUCCCGAGCUGCGCAUCAUAACGAGCACAUUCAACAAGGUUCUCUAUAGAGGCUUCUCGACGCCCAUACGGCACAUAUCGGUGCGAUCGCUGCUGCCGAAUACGGAUCAUUAUAUUACGUACGAGGGAUCCACCACGCAUCCGGGCUGCUGGGAGAGCACGGUCUGGAUACUAGUUAAUAAACCCAUCUAUAUCACCAAACAAGAGUUAUAUCAACUCCGUCGACUGAUGCAAGGCUCCGAGAGUACACCGAAAGCUCCAUUAGGUAAUAAUGCGCGACCCGUGCAAAGUUUACACCAUAGAACCGUAAGGACGAACAUAGAUUUUAAGCGUCAUAAGAAUCAAAAUGCAUGUCCUUCCAUGUACAAGGAUAUGUACUAUCGCGCGAAUCGCUGGUCCCCAGAUACAGGACUUCUGAUACGUUGACAACAACAACAACAACUUGAACCAGGACAACAAAAACAACACCAACUGCAUUUCGCAUUUUCAAUUUUCACACUGAUUUUUUUGAAAAAUAACGUCAAAAAACGAGCUCAGGUUUCGUUUUUUGCUUGCAGCAUUCCUAAAAUUCAACUACGAAAAAUAUCCCGUAUAUACAUACAUAUAUAUGUAUAUAUAUAUAUAGUUUCAUUCUUAACAAGAUAAAAACUGCGCAAAACAGAAUCUUAAAUACCCUGGCAAAGAGGAAUUCCUAAAAUUCUAUGUAUACCCUGCGCCCAUUGAAAAUGGGCAGUCGGGGCAUAUUGCUUUUAUUUCUUUUAAAAAUCGACUAUAAACAAGAGCCAUAUAAAACUAAAAACUACUGCAAUUUUCACUAAUUUAUGUUUGUUAUGCAAAAACUAUAUUACCAUCUCUGUCUCUCUCUCUCUCUCUCUAUCACCUCUAUGCCUCUCUCUCUCUCUCUCUGUCAGGGUAUAUUCGCAUACUCAACUAAAACAGCAAAAAAAAAAAUGCUUCUAACAAAUAAUAAACGAAAUUCCAUGAAAACUAACGAAAACUAAAUCUAAACAAAGUUCUAAAUACAUACGUACAAAAAUACACACACACACACCGACAAUACAUACACAAACGCAACACACAAAGGCUGGACACGCCCACAUGUUGUGCCCACAAAUUAAUUGCUGCCUUUUCAUAUUUGUGAAAUAAUAAAAAUAUUUUCAAGCCAAA